GUCUCUGCUUUUAUUCAUUCUUUGCUGAAAGUAUAUCAUAAUCAUUCAAAACCACUGUUGUGUUUCUCACUCCAGAUUUGCUCAGAAAUUCCACUUGCGUGCCCUUAUGUGAUAAAUCACUGCCAUUUUGACCAAGUUUCGCUGUAUUUUUGGCCCGAUUGGUCACCACGUCGGUUGCGUCUUUUUCAUUCUUGGCUCCAAUAUAUUAUCCGAACAGGUUUGGUUUCUUUGGGAAGGAAGCGAUUUUUACUGGCGGCGUUGCAUGAGACAGAGAUUAAGGAUUGUUUGUUCACAGUGCAAGCCAAAAAAGGCAUAGUGUUGCAGAGACUUGUCAGAGAAAGAUUUUCCACUGGGACGGCCCAAGUCCUAAUUUCCAAUCUAUUAGGAUCUGUAAAAGCCUUAUAUCGCUGGUGGGGGCUAGUUCGUAUUUAAUAUAAAAGCUGGAGGUGUUGGAGCUUAGGUGGCUGGAGAUUCAGCAUCCAAAUUUAGUUAAUCCCCUUGGUAUAACCAAGGAGAUGUAACACAGGCCAAUUCAUUUAUACUCUAGGGAGUGCUUGAGUUCCAUUUUUGUGCCUCUAACUUUAAUUAUAACGAAAAUGGAAUCAAGGCACAAAACACCGAGUGUUAUGGCCAAAUUGAUGGGUCUUGAUAAAGAGCCUUCCCAGCCGCCUGUCAGAGAAAAACAAAGAGUUCUCUCUGAGAAGUACCUUCAGAAAGUUGCCUCUAUUGGGUUCAGAAGGAAGCGUUUGUCUUAUAAGCAUAAUUCCUUGGGAUUGAGCAUGGAUGAAAAGGAAGGAUGUGGAGAAGUUUUAAGAGCGUUCAAGACAAUAAAAAGAGAUGAGAACCAUACGUUGUCAACAGAAAAUAGACAGGAAAUCCUUGAUUUGUUUGAGCCAAGGAUUGUUGGUUUGGAACAGCAGCUUUUCAAGGGCGAGACCUUGAUUGAACCCAUUAAUGCCUUAGAUAUUGAAAAAAGUGUGAAGCAAGGGAGGACUUCUGGAAAAGGAAAUCUGCAAUUGCUUCAGGAAAUUGAUAGCGACCUGCAAAUAAAUGUGAAUGGAGAAGUUGGAUUGUAUGAAAUGUUAAGAUUUUCAAAAUCUCAGCUUGAAUCUAAGGGCAUAACUUUCACUUCAAGAAUUGUUGUUUUGAAACCCAACGGCAAUGAUGGAAUGGGAGAGAACAGUUUAAAAUGCAUUUCUUUACCUUCUUGUGGAUAUUAUCCUUUGGUUAAUGGGAUACUAAAGGACUUCUCUAGUCAUGAAAGUUCAAGAUCAUUUCCUGGAAUGAAAAAGAGAAAGAAGUUAGCCGAUCACAUGGAAUCUAUUGACUGGAGCCCCACAGCUUUUAGCAAAGUUUCAGAGGAAGUUUCUGGUCAAUCAGGAGAUGCUUCAAGCAGAGUUUUAGACAUGAGGUCAGGUUCACUUUUAAGAAGUAAUGGAACUUGUUGCAGAAGUUCUGAAAUACUUUAUCCUGUUUGUAAUGAUGAUCCAAGAUCUGGGACUAAGGACAUACUUAAAAAAUAUUGGGGUUUGAGGAAGGAUGCAUGCUUGAAUUCUUCACUGCAUGAGUCAAAUAAGCAAAAUACCAGCAUGAAAGACUGUUCACAGCAUGUGAACCAUAGGCCUUGCGCUGAGAAAUCCAAGUCUCUUCUUUCUUAUAGUUUCAAUGGUAAUGGUAAAGAAGAGAGUUGUAUUAGACUGCUUAAAUUGAAGAAGAAACUCUCUGAGAAUAACUUGUCAGAGCAGAAACCAAUACCUAUCCAAUUGUCUACGUCUCAGGCUCAGCCUUUUUUUUCUUAUGGUGACAAAGAUGAAGCUAAUGACAAAAGGCUUGAGCACAGUAAUAUUUCGAAGCUAAAUAUUGCAUCUCAUAAUUCAUCAAUUUAUGGUCAAGUGGUCGAUGAAAAGACUGAUGCUGAUGGAAGGGCCUCCGGAAAUCCAAAGAAUCAACUGUCUGAAACAGCAGCGUCCAUUUUGUUGGAGGACAGCGAUUCUUCUAGUCACACUUCAUAUGCUUCAAUUCAACAGGAAGAAUCAGAAUUUGAAGAUGAUUCUGUUUAUUCGGUCUCAUCAGAGGCAAAGCCAGAUUAUAGUUGUAGCUUUGAGGAGCCGUACAAACCUAGUCCAAUCUCAGUUUUAGAGCCCCCAUUUGGAGAAGACAUUUCAUUUGGCUCUGACUGCUUAAAGUUUGCCGGUGAUGACCUAUGUGAUUCGUCAGAAAUGGACAAUGAGGGACUAGGUUUCGAUGUUUCAAGCGAUGAAGAUUGUGUGGACGGAUCUGCAGGAGACUUGGAUGAGAAGCAAGAUCUUGGAGAAUUUUUGAGAGCUGAAGAAAGUAGAGAGUUCUCCUACGUUGUUGAGGUCUUAACUGAGGCAGGUCUCUCUAAUACAAACCUCUACACAGACUUCUGUACAUGGCACUCUCCACAAUGCCCUAUUAGCCCUUCUGUCUUUGAAAACCUUGAAAUGAAGUUUGGCAAGCAGCCAUGUUGGAAGAGAUCAGACAGGAUGCUUCUCUUUGAUCGUAUUAAUUUAGCACUAUUGGAGAUUCUCCAGCCAUGCAUGUGUAUUCCGGCAUGGGAAAAACCAGUAUCGAGAAGGUUGAAUGCUGAACCAAGCCAUGCCGUGAUGGAGGAACAGCUGUGGGAAUUGCUUGCUGUGCAAGAAAAGGAAGCUAAGAGGGAGUUGGCAGAUAAGAUGCUUGUAGAGGGAAACAGUUGGAUAGAAUUACGUUAUGAUAUUGAAGAUAUUGCUCGACAGAUUGUUGAGUUCUUGGUAGAGGAGCUUGCAGAAGAGAUAAUUAGCUUCUAGAUUUUUUGAAACAUAGGAUUUACAUUUUUUUUCAUGUGAGGCAUUAGAAUUUGCAUUUGCAUGCGCAAGAGUUUUUUUUUUGGUGGAAGCAUACGCAAGAGUUUUAUUUGCAUAUAGCACGAUUUUGAGUGUUUUUGAAUUAGGGUGUAGGUAUGGUCUCCACUGUUGAGUUAUUAUUUUAGGGCUGUUGAGUUUUAUUCAUUCAUGAGGUGUACAUUCAUUUUGUAUUAGGAAAAAAAACCAAAAAAAAAAAAAGAAAGGAAAAGAAAAGAAAAGAAAGAAAGAAUGGAAUAUGAUUUUGUCUGUAAUUGGCAUGAACUCUGGAUCUAUUUCAUAGUAUCAAGUCAUUUUGUCUGUAAUUGUGUUUGUUAAGUCAUGCCAUGGAAUAUGAAAGAAAGAAUGGAAUAUGAUUUUGUCUGUAAUUGGCAUGAACUCUGGAUCUAUUUCAUAGUAUCUAGUCAUUUUGUCUGUAAUUGUGUUAGUUAAGUCAUGCCAUGGAAUAUGAUUUCUUGUCCUCUUUUGUUGCCUCCCUCCACCCCCCCCCCAAAAAAAAAAAAAAAAACAAGAAGAAGAAGAAGGUAAUUUCCUUUAUUGUGGCUAUAGUUUUUAGAUUUCAAGAGAAUAACUCAAUCAAUGGUUCUCCCUAUUGAAGGGUUGAAAACCUCUUGAAGAUCAUCUGUUUAUAAUGGGAAAUAGCAUAAGCAUUAAUGUAUGGAAGAACCCUUAGAUUCCUCAAAGUCCAAACUUUAGAAUUGUUGCAGGUGUUUCCUCAUACAGCUUUGGAGAACUGCACAACUUCAGAUCUGAUAUGUGAUGGAAAAUGGUCUCAUCUCUUACUGAAUCUUGGCUUUCUAGUUGUGAGAUUCAAGCCAUUAGGAAUAUUCCUCUUUGUGGAAAAUGGACUAUUUUCAGGUUAAAAGUUUCUCCUAAAGUGCAUCAGUUUUUAUGGGAGAUUUCAAAGGUUCCAUCCCUAUCAAAGCAAAUUUCAGUUCUUGACCCAUCAGUUUCAAUAUUUGCUUGCCCGUUUCAGCACCGUACGUAGAAGAAGAAAAUGCACAGAAAGAAAGCAAAAGGAGCAGACGGAAAAAACGCAGAGAAAGAAAGCCAGAACAGCACACAUGAAACAUAGCCAGAGAGAAGCAAACACAGAACAGAAGAAAAGGGAAGAGCAGAGAAUGCCAUAAAAAAGAAGAAGCAAGCGUGCAUAGUGAACACACGAAACCAGAGUCACAGAGGCAGAGAAGAGACGGCAAAGCCAUAGACGAGAGAGUUUUCGGCACACACGCAGAAAUGUAGCGGAAGAGAAGGAAAAAGCAAGAAGCAGAGCAGGUGAGUAAUCAUUCAUCCCUUCUAUUCUCUAUAUAAGGCUAGAAAAUAGAGAUUGAGAGGGGGAGGCGACCGAGAGUCUGAGAGAGAGUGUUUUCUAGAAAACAGAGACUGAGAGGAAGAGGUGAUCGAGAGACCGAGAGAGGAAGAAAUAGAGACGGAGAGACGAGCUUUUCUUUCUAGAAAGGACUAGAGACGAGAGGCACAGAGGAAAAGAGAAGAAAACGCCAGUCACGGGACGUGAGAACAGAGCCAGAGACGCAUAACGAAGAGAAGAGAGCACUGAUCCAAGACAAAAAAAAAAGAGAAACGGAGAGAAAGAGGAAACCAGGAAGAGAUGGAGAGACGGAUUUCUUCUAAAAAAAAGAGAGAUUCGAAACGGAGAGGGGACCGAUAUCAAGAGGAGAGAAGAGACCGCGAUCAGAGGGAAAGAGUUCUGAAAAAAGGAGGCUGGAGAAACUGGCUGAAAAAAAAAGGAGACGGAGAGAAAGAUCCAAGGUGUGCUCAAAGUGGAGAUUGAAGUCUUUGCAUAUUGCUAUUAGUGGCAUUCAAAAACGGUAAAUGUUUUGUUGAUUGAUUAUCUACACUGUUGUGGAGAUUCCGGUCAUGUAGCGAUAUCAGGAUAUGCAAAUCCUUUCCCCAUGCUUUCCUAUACGUUUUCCCAGUUUCUUGUGCUAUGAGCAUGAAAGUUGUCUUGAUUUUGAUGAUAGAACUAUGUUUGCUUGAAUUUGAUUAUUCGCAUAUCCGGCUUUGUUUCAUUGCCCUGGCGCUAAUCAUAUAGUCACCUGCCUCCUUGUUGAUUUCAAGAUUGGAGUGCAAGGGGUUAAUAGAGUGAUAAUAUUAUCAUGGUUGAGCCGACUUGGCCA